CUCUACAACCACUUCACUCCCAGUGCUGUUGUCUCUGCGUGAUCAAGAACGUAUCCUAUGGUAGCUGUAAACUGAGCUCUAACGGUGCGCGCACAGAUGGCUGUAGAAGAAACACAUGGCGGCGACGCUUCCGGUCCAAGCCCUUCCAUCACACCCAUCGAUCGUAUGCCGGACGAACUCAUCAUCGAUACAUUCAAAUACGUCCAUGCCGAUAUCUUCGAUGGCCCUCCAGAGACCUGCUUCCACGAGUGGAUACGGCUACUCCACGUAUGCAGACGAUGGCGCAGCAUCAUCCACUCGGUCUCCGACCUGUGGCAUAUCAUAAAUAUUACUCCAAAGUCCACGCCGGGUGAGCUGGCGUAUUCCCUCUCCCUUUGCGGUGACCAGCCGCUGGACGUCCGCUUCCUCUACUUGGAUCCAAAACUUGUCUCCGAUUCCUCGAGGUUGCUGAGUCCCAAGUUGUCCACAAUACAAUGUCUCACUCUACGGAUCUUUCAUCUUGACUAUGACAACCCUCCUUUCGGCGAUAUCCUCUCGUUCGAUAUGCCAGCUCUUCAGGAGCUUCGAAUUGUCCCGCGGUACAUCGUGAGCAAUCACACACCUGAUCACCAAGUUGUCGCACUACGUCAAUACCCCCUACUUCAAUGUUUGGAACUGGGCGGGAUCACCUGUCCCCCGGACAUUGCCAACCUUCGAAUCCUUCAUCUUCGGUGUUGCUCUCUCCCGUUUUCAUUCGACGGCUUUGUUCGAGUCCUCGGGUGCUGUGUACAGCUGGAAGAUCUGCAGCUCGACUCAACGCUGAGCUCUCUGGCCGCCACGCUCCCACAGACGGCGCCUUCUACACUUCCCUCAGCCAAACUCGACCGCCUCCGCUUUCUUUUCAUCGACGAUCGCUCGGCCCGCGCCAUAUCCGAUACCGUAAGCCACAUCGACGCUCCCGGAAUCACUACGCUGCGUAUACUAUGUUAUAGCCGCCAUCGCCCAGAGGCUGAACACCUACUGCGGACCU